AUGUCAACAUAUGGGUACGGGAUCAAAAGCACUGAGGUGGCACAGGCUUGGCAAAGGCGCCUGUGCAGCCGGGCGGGAGAGGCAGCCUGCAGCCUCCUAGGCUGGCGUGCGGCCCAGCGAGGUUCUUCUCUCCAGCCCGGCCUUCCUCAUCAAGCCAAGCAACUCAGAGGAGCUCUGACCAACAGGGCCACGGCGGAUAAUCUUGUCCCAGAAGCCAGGAGGGAUGCGGGAGCAUCUCCGGGCCCUCGGGUGCGGGGGUGGGCGGUCCCACGGCUGUUGGUGGUGCGGUACGCCUCGUGGGUCUGUGGGCAGCUGAGCCUUACACGCCACCUGGAAGAAAAAACACAGUGGGAACAUCCUAAGUCUGGGAAGAGGAAACGAGUUGCAGGAGGUCUGCCAUACGGAUGGGAGCAGGAGACUGAUGAAAAUGGACAAGUCUAUUUUGUAGACCACAUAAACAAAAGGACUACCUACCUUGACCCAAGACUGGCAUUUACAGUUGAAGAUAAUCCAGUAAAACCUACUACUAGACAGAAAUAUGAUGGAAACAGUACUGCAAUGGAAAUACUCCAGGGUCAUGACUUGAGUGGAAAAGUGGUUAUAGUCACGGGAGCAAAUUCAGGAAUAGGUUUUGAAACUGCAAAGUCUCUUGCACUGCAUGGGGCAUAUGUUGUCCUGGCCUGCAGAAAUACGUCAAGAGGCAAUGACGCUGUACAACGCAUUCUCGUGGAAUGGCAUAAAGCCAAGGUAGAAUCAAUGACCUUAGACCUUGCUUCUCUUCAGAGUGUGCAGCACUUUGCUGAAGCAUUCAAAUCCAAGAACGUGCCUCUCCACGUACUGAUCUGCAAUGCUGCCCUGUUUGGUGCGCCCUGGUGCUUGACGGAAGAUGGCCUGGAGUCCACCUUCCAGGUGAACCACUUGGGACAUUUCUAUCUUGUCCAGCUUCUGGAAGACGUUCUACGCCGGUCAUCUCCUGCUAGGGUUGUGGUGGUCUCCUCCGAAUCACACAGGUUUACAGAAAUUAAAGACUCCUCUGGAAAACUUGAUUUCAGCCUGCUUUCUCCAUCUAAGAAGGAGUAUUGGGCUAUGUUGGCCUACAAUCGCUCUAAGCUUUGCAAUAUACUGUUCUCCAAUGAGCUGAACCGACGCCUUUCUCCCCAUGGGGUGACGUCUAAUUCAGUCCAUCCUGGAAAUAUGAUUUACUCCUCCAUUCAUCGUAACUGGUGGGUGUAUACCCUGCUGUUUACCUUGGCUCGACCUUUCACCAAAUCCAUGGAUUUCUGUGGCAGCUCACCCCAGAGUUUAGAUGAGUCUUUUGGUCAGAAUACUGGACUUGGGUUUUUGAGCUUAAAGCUGCAGUCCCAGGGUGGUGAACCGUACAUUCCUGUGUUUUGCAAGGAUGUCUGCAUUGUGCAAUGCAGCGUGGUGCAGCAGCACUUAAAGUAG